AUGAACCUGCAGCUCUUCAGCACCUAUGGGCUAGUCGUCGCCUGUCAUGCGGUCACGCGGUCGCUGAAAAGACCCGCACAGGCGCGUGAAGAUGAUUUGCGGCGCCUGGGUAACAAGGCCUGCGCCUCGUUCACCAGCAAGGGGGAAAGACGCGUGCUCGUUCUCCAGCGUCAUCAUCUUCGUUCUGCUGCAAGAGCAGUGAUCGUCUCCGAUUCAGCGCUCGAGGCUGCAGUCCAGGCUGAGGUCCAGGCUGACGACUGGUCGGACGCCACCGACGGCGAGCUUGACGACAACAGCUACAUCACUGAGGACGACAACAACUCCGCCCUCUCGGACGAGGAGCAGUUGAGCCACGACGAUGCGACAAGCAAGGAGAGAAAGAAGAAACAAAAGGAGGGCGAGAAGCCCAGAGAGACUGAGGCGUCACUCCUGAAGAACCUUGAAGACGGAUACUCGGACUAUCGCGCAGCAAGCCGCGAGGCCUCUCCCAUCCACAUGAAGCUCCUGUCCAUCAAGUUUGAAGCCGCCUUGGGCACCUGGAGAGUAGACGACGACGGUAACCUCGUCGCAAUUGGUACAGGCACCAGUCCGAGUCGGGAGCAAGACAUCCUUCUCAAGCAGAGCCCAGUUCAUGGUGUCACUUACCUUCAAAUGACCCUGGCCUAUCUGUUCCACACCGCCCCGAGCCUGAGUAAACACUUCCAGCAGGCCGCGAUGACCAAUCGCUGUCUAGACAUCUCCGCCACUGCCGAGGACGCCGAUGACACUGAACCAAUGGAACGUGUGCUCCCCGCCAUCUACCUCCUGCUCGACCCCAAAGGACGGUUCUACUGGGAUAUGUCAGGAUGUCCUGCAGACCGCAUGACCCAGCAUGCGGCACCGGUCAAUACCUGCAAGCCCAACCUUUCCAAGCUGGAGAGGGCCAAAAGUCGGGCGCCGUUGCCAACUGGAGGAAGUUUACAAUCUGGGGAUAACCUGCUCAACUCGGCAAUGUGGGAAGGGUCGUUUUACGGCUCAGUCAACAAGAUCACACACGGUGAGAUUGUUCAAGUCGUCAGGCGCGUGCGUCAAUGGGUCGACGCCGGCAACCGGAUCCCUGUCCACCCUUGGCAGGGACAUGCCAAUGUCAAGAAGGAGCAGAUCCGCGCCACCUGGCUCAGCUUUGCAGAGGGCAUCGUCCAACAACCCGUCGUAGCUGAAACUCUCUCGAGCAUCCUCCGUGGAAAGUCCCGCCGCCAGGCGUCUCGUUUAGCCCUCCACCAGGGCCAACUUCCAAAAGAACGACUGGGAGGGCCAAGCUCCCUGGGCUCCCGGCAAAAGACCAACCACGCUGCGCAAGAGCCUAUCCUCUCCCCCGAGCAACAAGCUAAGGAUGCGGCGGUUUAUGCUUCCACCGGUCUGAAAAUCAAUCCCAAGCGCAAGACUGGUGGUUGA